CAGCACGUACGGAUAGCUAUCGAUGACGACUUGCGUAUAGUUUACAUAUGAAAGUGUGUUUUUAUUUAACUUUUUGCGCAUUUACCACCGACAUUCGUUACAUCCCGCCUCCAAUGAUGAGGUCCGCUGUUUCGCGUGCCAACUGCGAGUAAGCGAAAAGGGGGCCAGACCACAGACUUGGAGCGCAGUUUCUGCUAAAUCACAUGCCCAAAAUUUCAUUCGCUUGCCUGCGUGGAUGUGUUUUGGUAUCCAUCAUCAUCAUUGCGACGUCGCAGCCAGAGCCAGUCAAGAAGCCAAUAAAUAGCAAUCAGUUAAUUGCCGCGAUUAGGCCAAAAUAGUCGAUAGAUAGUCCCAUCACAGAGGCCAGGAAUAAGUCGGCUCCAACAACAACAAGCGCCUAAAAAACCCACAGCUCUCUCUCUCUCCCGCACACACAUACACAACACGCACGCAGACCGGAGCGAAGUAUGAGUAAUACGGCGGAAAGUAACGGGAACCGGCGCACUGUCGACUGGCAGCGCUUCGGUCUUGGAGGCGAUGAUGACGGUGAGGUGGCCGUGGCCAGCUUUCGCCAGCGGACCAACAACAACACGGGUGGAUUCGUGGACCUGGGCAACGAGUACACAUACGCGGCCGGUGGCCACCAUGCCUCCGGGGCGAACGAGAUAUUCGCCGGGGAGCAGGGCGAUAAGCCAUGGUGGCGCUCGAACUUCUUUAUAUCGCAGCCGGUCCUGUUCGGUACCUGGGAUGGGGUCUUCACCUCCUGUCUGAUUAACGUCUUUGGUGUGAUCGUGUUCCUGCGUUCGGGCUGGAUCGUGGCCCAGGCGGGCAUCAUCAAUGCCGUGGCCAUCAUCGUCUGCACUGUCCUCAUAGCCCUGGUGAGCGUCCUCUCGGCCAUCGGCAUCUGCGAACGGUGUCGCGUGGAAAGCGGCGGCGUUUACUUUUUGAUUGCGCACACCUUGGGCUCCCGGUUCGGUGGCGCCCUGGGUUUGCUCUACUGCUUCGGCCAGGCCGUGGGCUGUGCCCUGAAUGUGAUGGGAUUCGGCGAGUCGAUGGCCGGACUGGUCGGAUUGGAAGGCAACAAGUGGGCCAUUCGUGGCUUUGCCACCGCUGCUGUUCUGCUCCUGGGCUGCAUCAAUGUGGCCGGCGUAAAGUGGGUUAUCAAGCUGCAGUUCAUUCUGCUGAUGAUCCUGCUUAUCUCGGCGCUGGACUUUAUGGUGGGCAGCUUUGUAGGAGUAGAUCCAGAGAAUGGCUUCGAUGGCUGGGUGAGCGGCAACUUUGCAGAAAAUCUCUGGCCAAGCUACGAGGACGGAUAUUCGUGGUUCCGCGUUUUUGGGGUCUUCUUUCCCACUGUCACCGGCGUUCUGUCUGGCAUCAAUAUGAGCGGCGACCUGCGCGCUCCCUCGACAGACAUACCCAAUGGAACCCUCGCUGCCUUUGGCACUUCGACAUUUUUGUACUUGGUGUUUGUUCUGUUCCUGGGGGCCACCUGUCAACGGGCCAUACUCUACAAAGACUUCAUGAUCUCCGUCAAAGUGUCGGCCGUGCAUUUCCUGCUCCUAGCCGGCAUCUACGUCUCCAGCAUGUCUUCCUGUUUAGGCGCCAUGUAUGGGACUCCGCGCGUUCUCCAGAGCAUAGCCAAAGAAAGCGUCAUUCCAGGCAUCGAUGUGCUGGGCAAAGGUCGCGGACCCAACAAAGUCCCUCUAUAUGCAAUGGCCAUUGUGGCACUCGUGACGGUCACCUUCAUUAUUGUGGGCGAUAUUAAUUUCCUGGCCCCCAUCGUGACCAUGCCCUUCCUGCUGACCUACGCCUGCAUCAACUACGCCUACUUUGCCUUGGCCCAGACCUUUGACAUACAAGAGCAGCGCGAGGAGCGAUUCCGCAUUCAGGCCUCAAGCCCCAGCUACGAGACACGUCGCUACGGCAGCGUCUCCGAUGGAGGCAACGACCUGGACCUGCUCUUCCCCGAUCGAGUGCGCCACAAGAAUUUGCAGAGUCCUCAGAACUCUCCCAUGCACCAGGCGGCGCCAAUGGAGUUCGACUUGGAGGGGCCCAGCACCUCCUCGACAGCGCCGGCUCCCAGCCAAGCGGAAGCCCGGGCCUCAACGACGACGAUAGCCGCAGAAACGGGUACAGAAGAUGCCACAGCCUUAUCAGUGGAGCAGACGGCCACACAGGGCGGUAGCGAGGAUGAGAAUGAACCGAUUGCUCCCAUCCGUCCACCCAUUCAUUCCAAGACGAAAAACUGGUACUCUGGCUACUGCAAUCGCUGGUUCUCGCUGGGAGGGGCCUUUGUCAAGUUGCUGGUGAUGCUGCUAGUCAACUGGUACUACGCUUUGACCUGCUUUCUGGUGGUCUUUGUUGUUUGGUUCUAUGUGGGCACAGCCAACCCAGCCGUUAAACCAGGCCUCACAGCCGAAUUCAACUUUUUCGCCUGGCUCAAGAGCGUCAUAUUUAGGUGUUUUGGUAAGCGCAUACAUGAGUAUGAACAGAUUGUGGUGACGCCCUCAUGUCCGGGCGUAGAUCUAUCGCCGACGCAGCUGAACGAGCAGAACGAGGACUUCAGGCCGCGUCCCAACUACCACCACUCGUCCGUCAUCGAGGGUCGCCUGAUCGACGACAUCUAGAUGGAAGUGGAAGUGGCCGACAUGGGAGUGGCUGUGCAGCUGUGGCAAGCAAUAUUUGAGUGCAUUUCUGCCAAGCUAGAGCUAGAGCUAAACUAAUCGAAACUAAGCUAAACUGAAAAACAAAAAACUCAACUAAACUAUAUACUUACAUAACUAUGCGAUAUGUAUGUUUGUAUUUCAAUGUAUGGAUGUGUACGUGUUCGUGUGUAAAAGCUAGGAGCUAAGGAUAUAUGUAUGUAUUAAUGUUUAGUCCAGGCACAGGCAUUUUCAACCCGAUUCCCCUUUGUCCUCCCACAAGCAGCAUACUGGCACCCGCACACACAUACCACACACACGCACAGCGCCCAAAAUGAGAACAGCUCAGAGCAGUCCUUUUUUUAAAUUAAUAAUAAUUAAAUUAUCUUAAGUUUUGGCACGCUUUUAAUGUGUUCCUUGUUCGCGUAGUUAUUUCUAGAUAGAGAGAAAAAAAAAACAGCUAGAGCGUGUAAAAUUGUUGCUAAAUGGAUAUGUUUCCAAUGUUACCGCACACCGACAGCAUUUUGAAGGAAACAUAUGUGAUACUGAGAUAAUAAGUAAAACCAAAAAACAAACAAAACACGAGAAAAACAAAAUCAAAUUUCAGGAUCGACGACUUUGCAUUUGAAAGAAAGAAGCGAAGAAGCACAACCCACAAACACACAACCCAACACAAAACACAAAAAAAUACAGAUUAAAUGAAGGAUUCAAAACACACAAAAUUUACUUAUAUGUAGAUCCUUAGGCUCAUAAGUCUCACUCCAACUGUAUUCGCAACCCAAUGAACAAUAACAAUGUAAAAGUAAAUCUAAGAUCCAGAUCUAAUAUAAACCAUACAUAACA